AAAGCGAGGCUCCUGCGAGCUCGUGGGUGUCGGCGGCCAGUACCUCGGGUGGUCGCAGUUCUUCGGCGCGCGCAGCCUCCCCGCGCUGCCCGCCCAGCUCGGUUCUGAAGUUGCCGCCACCGAGCUGGGGCUCUGAGACCUGGUGCGCCCCUGUGUUCCCCGGGAUUCAGGAGGUUCCGGAGGGGACCGCAGAUGUGGCUGGGGCCCCACCCCGAGGAGCCGUGCCCCAGCGAGGGGCCGCCCGAGUCUGGCGCCUGACAAAGUUUAAAGGCUUCCACUGAGGCCCGGAGAUGGAGUCACUGACGAGACUUUCCGCCUUGUUGGCGAGGGUGCCAGACUGACCGACUGACAGCUGGGCCUGGAGCCUCCUGCGGGGCCAGACUGCAGACCCAGGGCCCUGGCCUGAACCACCUUCCUGUGUCCGCCCUCGUCGUGGGGAGCAGGGAGGGUGGAGGACUGCUCGUGUCCAGCCUGCAGAGAGCAAGUUCUAGCUAGUCUAGGACAUGGAGGGACUUCCUCAUAUUUCCUUUCUUCUUUCCCAGAUUGGCUUAUUCAGGAUUCUUUGCCCUUGCCUGGGAGAACAGUUCAGGAGACAGAUGGCCCCAAGACUACCAAGAGCCCAGAUCCAGGGAUCACUGACAUUUGGGGAUGUGGCUGUGGCCUUUACCCAGUUUGAGUGGAAAUACUUGGAUGCCACUCAGCGGGCCCUGUACAAAGAUGUGAUGCUGGAAAACUAUGGGAAUCUGCUUUCUGUGGGAUUUCUCUCUUCCAAACCCAAACUAAUCACCCAGUUGGAGCAAGGGGCAGAGCCAUGGAUGGAAGUACAACAGAUCCCAUCAGAUAAUUAUUCAGUUCAGGAGUACUGGUUUCAAACAAAGAUGUCCACCAUAAAGCAAUGUACUUCUGAAGGAUUUGGUCUGGGAGAGCAAACAAAAAGUGUCAUGAUGGAAAGAGGCCUGGACUGGGAGGGCAGAAGUUCCACAGAGAAGAUACAUUAUAAAUGUGAGGAAUGUGGGAAAGUCUUCAAAUAUAAUUCCUCUUUUAUUUGCCACCAGAGAAAUCAUACUGGUGAGAAACCCCAUAAAUGUGAUGAAUGUGGAAUAGCCUUUAUGAGCAGCUCAUCUCUUUUAAAUCAUCAUAAAAUUCACACAGGCAAGCAACCUUAUAGAUGUAUUGAAUGUGGGAAAUUCCUUAAGAAGCACUCAACAUUUGUUAAUCAUCAGAAAAUUCAUUCUAAAGAGAAACCUCAUAAAUGUAAUGAAUGUGGAAAAGCUUUUGGAAAGAACUCUAUCCUUUUACGUCAUCAGAGAAUUCAUACUGGUCAGAAACCCUACAAAUGUAAUGAUUGUGGGAAAGCCUUUACUCAGAAUGUAGCCCUUACUCGUCAUGAGAGAAUACAUAGUGGAGCAAAGCCUUUUAAGUGUAAUGAAUGUGGGAAAGCUUUUAGGGAUAACUCAACUGUGUUGGAACAUCUAAAAAUCCAUACUGGUGAGAAACCAUAUCAGUGUAAUGAAUGCGGAAAAACCUUUAGGAAGAGCUCAACUCUUGUUAGUCAUCAAAGAAUGCAUACAGGGGAGAAACCCUAUCACUGCAAUAAAUGUGGAAAAUCUUUCAGGUAUAGCUCAUCCUUUGCUGGACAUCAGAAAACUCAUAGUGGAAAUAAGCCCUAUCAAUGUAAUGAUUGUGGGAAAGUCUUUACAAAGAGCUCAACCCUUAUUGGACAUCAGAGAAUUCAUACUGGAGAAAAGCCCUAUCACUGUAAGAAAUGUGGGAAAUCUUUCAGGCAUAGCUCUGGCCUUGUUGAACAUCAGAGGAUCCAUACUGGAGAAAAGCCUUAUGAAUGUAAUGUAUGUGGGAAGGCUUUUCCCCAGAGUUCAGCCCUUAAACAACAUAAGAAAAUGCAUAACAAAGAAAAAGCCAUCAAAUGUAAUUAGUGUGGUAAAUCAUGCAGAAGUAGUUUAUUCCUUUUGAUACUCAAAGAAGAGGCAUUCAACAAAUCAUACAUUUAAGAAAAAUAGUCUGUGUACCUGUAUCCUGGAGAACUUCCCACUUGUGAGGAUGUUCACUGUAGUAUGGUUUGUACUAGUGAAAUAUUUGAAGAACCUAAAUGUCUAUCAAUUUGGAAAUAGUUACUAUAGAACAUGAUAUAGGAAGUAAAAAGAAUGAGGUAGAGCUUCUUAUAGAGCCAUAGAAAUAUCCCCAUGAUACCUUGUUCAAGUUAAAAAACCAAGUUGCAGAAAAUCUACAUAUUGUGGUCUAAUUUAUAUUUAAAAAAAUAAAGCUAUUUUUAUUUGUUCAUAUAUAUCCUGUGUAUUAAAAAACACCUGGUAAAAUAAAGUCCAAAAGCUGUUAUCUUUGA